GCUGCAAUGGAGCUCCGUCACCUUGCGAGGCAGAGCAGCCAGGUAGCCCUGUGCGACGCUGUGGACUGGACUUCAGGAGGGCCUCUCGCUGACCAGGCAGAAGCAGCCACCAAAGCUGCUCUCUGCUGCCAGAGACACUGCACAUCCACCCCAAGGGCAGCCAGGGUGCAAGGCUCUAAACUUGGCCCUUCUCCAGCACCCCCCUCCUCCUCUCUGCAGGACAGUGUUAUCCAGCCAGACCCCUUCCCACCAGGACCCCUCAACUCAGGGAAUAGCCAGAGAGCAGAACGCAAAGUCUGCAACUGCUGCAGCCAGGACCUAGAAACUUCUUUCACUUAUGUGGAUGAGAAUGUUAACUUGGAGCAGAGGGACCGGGGCUCCCCUUCCGCAAAGGGGAGUAAUCGCCUGGGGGACCCUGGCUGGGGAAAUCCAAAUGAGUGGCCCCACGAGGCUGCCGCGUCCUUGAUAUCCGACGAUGAGGAUGACACAAGCUCGGAAGCCGCGUCUUCAGGGAGGUCAGUGGACUAUGGUUUCAUCAGCGCCAUCCUGUUCUUGGUCACCGGCAUCUUGCUGGUGAUCAUCUCCUACGCUGUCCCGCGGGAAGUGACCGUGGACCCCAACUCCGUGGCGGCCCGGGAGAUGGAACGGCUGGAGAAGGAGAGCGCGAGGCUGGGGGCGCACCUGGACCGCUGUGUGAUUGCGGGGCUCUGCCUGCUCACUCUUGGGGGCGUUGUUCUGUCCUGUCUGCUGAUGAUGUCUAUGUGGAAGGGGGAGCUGUAUCGGCGCAACAGGUUUGCCUCUUCCAAAGAGUCUGCAAAACUCUAUGGCUCUUUCAGCUUCAGGAUGAAAUCCAGCAGCAAUGAAAACACCCUGGAGCUGUCCUUGGUGGAGGAAGAUGCCCUGGCCGUACAGAGUUGAUUCCGGCCGUGGGCUUCUGCGAGGCUGACCUGGCAUUUCACAUGGACACUCAAAUAAAAACAAACCAUGUUUCUUAAAAUUAACGGUGCACUUGGUUGGCCUGGCAGGAAAAGUUGAUUUCCUAACCCAACAGCCUGUGAGGGUUUUUGCUCUCCAUGUAUUUUUUAUUUAGAAGAAAAGCCAUGUACACUGCAUCCAGAAACACACCCAGCUACACUGUGUAGCUUCUAAAGAGCUAAGACUAAUUAAUCUGUAAUGGCCAUCAGCACCUACUUCUAUAGCAAAAUAUUUCAUCACAUAAUAAGGCUUAUAUUUAAUUCUCCAAGAUUUUUUUCUAUUUUCUUGUUAAUUUUUUCUUCCUAUAAUUCGGCUGCACACUAAAAUAUAGGGUUUUGAGUUUGAGUCUCGAAAAUUGAGGAUUGUUGGUUAUUUUUUUAAAACUGUAAAUUGCACAUGUUUAAAAUUAUUCCUGUACUCAGAAGUGGUAAGUCAUCAGAAUACA